AUUUCCUAACUUCUCUUUUUCCUCUCCUUCUUUCUAAUCUCUCUCAACUUACUUACAAGUAAAGGAACUAAUUCCUUCUCUUUAAUUAGUUUCUUGCACAUUUGUUCAGCCAUGGAGAUUGAGUCUGCUACUCAAGAACUUAAGGCUGGGCCUUUCGAACGUGCAUGGGGCUGGCUUAAGGCCUUGCCUUCCAAGUCCAAGGCUAAGGUGAUCAGUGUUGCUAAGAACAUCAAAAAGGUUGGACAAGAUGACCCAAGAAGGAUCGUUCAUUCCCUUAAAGUGGGACUUGCUCUUACAUUGGUGUCCUUAUUAUAUUACUCUAGGACUCUCUAUGAUGGCUUUGGAGUUGCAGGAAUGUGGGCUGUUCUAACUGUGGUAGUAGUUUUUGAGUUCACUGUAGGUGGAACCUUGUGCAAGAGUUUGAAUAGAGGCUUUGCAACAUUUCUAGCUGGUGCUUUAGGGGUUGGAGCUCAACAAUUAGCAAGUCUUUUUGGAAACAAAGGAGAACCCAUCGUUCUUGGAUUUCUUGUUUUCCUAUUGGCUGCAGCGUCUACAUUCACAAGAUUCUUCCCAAGAAUCAAAGCAAGAUAUGACUAUGGAGUGUUGAUAUUUAUAUUAACGUUCAGUUUAGUAUCAGUUUCUGGAAUUCGAGCAGAAGAAAUCUUACAAUUGGCUCAUCAAAGACUAUCAACAAUAAUAGUAGGAGGAGCAACCUGCAUAGUUGUAUCUAUCUGUAUCUGUCCAGUUUGGGCUGGUGAAGAUCUUCAUAAGUUGGUUGCUUCCAACAUAGAUAAGCUAGCAAGCUUUCUUGAAGGUUUUGGAGGUGAAUAUUUUGAGUGCUUAGAGAAAGAAGAUAUUACGGUAUCCAGUACGGAAAAAUCGUUUCUUCAAGGAUAUAAAAGUGUACUCAAUUCAAAAUCCACUGAAGAUUCCAUGGUAAAUCUUGCAAGAUGGGAGCCUGGACAUGGCCGUUUCGGCUUUCGGCAUCCAUGGAAGCAAUACUUGAAGAUUGGAGCUAUCUCAAGACAAUGUGCAUACCUCAUUGAAGCUCUAAAUAGUUGCAUCAACUCUAAUGUCCAAGUGCCGGAGGAAUUUCAGAGUAAAAUUCAAGAAUCAUGCAUAAAGAUGAGUGAAGAAUCAAGCAAGGCACUAAGAUCACUAGCCUCAUCAAUUAAAACAAUGACUAAUCCAUCCCCAGCAAGCAUUCAUGUAGAGAAUUCAAAAGCUGCCAUUAAUGAACUGAAAGUAAUUCUAAAAGCAAGCUCAUUAGAGCAAGCAGACCUCUUCGCAAUAGUUCCAGCUGCAACAGUUGCAUCAACAUUAGUUGAAGUUGUGAAAUGUGUUGAUAAAUUAGCUGAGUCAGUCGAAGAACUAGCUAACUUAGCACAUUUCAAGAAUGUUGAAGCUACUGUUUCACCAGAGAGUAAAUCUCAGUUACUGCUUCACCGGGGAACAGUAAAUCCUGUCCUGGAUGGUGAAAAUGAUCAUGUUGUUAUUACAAUAGAUGAGAACCCUACAGAUUCACCGGAAAAUCAGAAACCAGCAAGACCUAGCCGGCAACAACUAGAAGUGUAAAUAUUAGUAUUAUGUUGCCAUAACAUGUGAACUAGUUUUCUUUAUUAUAGUUCACUGUUAAUUAACUCUAGUGUAGUCAAGUUCUGUAAUAUUUUGUGCUUUUCCCUUUUCAUGUGUUAAUUUUAGCUUGUGCAUUUCUUGAGUCAAGUUCUGUAAUAUUUUAUGAAUUUCUAUUUUCACCUCUUGUGGGAAAAAAGUUGGAAUUUCAAGUAUAUAUAUGUGCCGGAUUUUUUAAGAAUUC